AUGGCGACUUCAGGGAGGAGUGCAUUAUUAUCCUCCUCAUCCACAGGACCUAAGACUACACAGGAAAACCCCAACCCAGAAGAGGAUGACGGACAGAAUUUAUGGUCCACUAUCCUGAGUGAAGUGUCAACCCAUUCAAGAUCUAAACUACCGUCUGGCAAAAAUGUCCUGGUCAUGGGUGAGGUGGGUUCAGGAAAAACCACCUUAGUCGCAAAGUUACAAGGAGUUGAAGAGUACAUGAAGGGACGUGGCCUAGAAUACCUCUACUUCAGUGUCCAUGACGAUGACAUUGAUGAUCACACAAGAUGUAAUGCUUGGGUCCUAGAUGGAGACCUCUAUCACAAAGGUCUACAGGGAGUAGCGAUACCUGUGGAUGCAAUCAGUGACACACUACUGAUGAUUACAAUUGACAUGUCUCGCCCGUGGAAUGCUUUGGACUCUUUGCAAAAAUGGGCAGCUGUUGCCAGAGAACACAUUGACAAACUACGAAUCCCCCCAGAGACACUGCGGGAGCUUGAACAUAAAAUUGUUAAGCAGUUUCAGGAAUACACUGAACCAGACAGUGGAGAGGAUGGCACGCCGCAGAGAAGGAAUGAAGAUGAAGAGAGUAUUCUUCUGCCUCUGGGAGACAACACGCUCACACAUAACCUUGGGAUACCUGUUGUGGUGGUCUGCACCAAGUGUGAUGCCAUCAGCACAUUGGAGAAGGAGCAUGACUACAGAGAUGAGCACCUUGACUUUAUUCAGUCUCAUGUCAGACACUUCUGUUUACAAUAUGGGGCGUCGCUGGUGUACGCGUCAGUAAAGGAGAUGAAGAAUCUGGAUGUGCUUUAUAAAUAUUUGGUUCAUCGACUUUAUGGCUUUCCCUUCCACUGUCCUGCUCAGGUGGUGGAAAGAGAUGCAGUUUUCAUUCCUUCGGGUUGGGACAAUGAGAAGAAGAUUGCAAUUCUCCAUGAGAAUUUUCAGACAGUAAAAGCAGACGACGGCUUUGAAGAUGUAAUAGUGAAGCCACCUGUCAGGAAGAUCGUCCAUGAAAAGGAGAUUCAAGCAGAAGAUGAUCAAGUAUUUCUGGUUAAACUUCAGUCACUACUUGCCAAACAACCCGCUGUGACCACAGGGCGACCAGUAGACCCAACCAGCAGAGCACCCACAGGUUCCCCAAGGACAAGUAACCGCUCAGCGGCAGCCAAUGUUGCCAAUGCCAUGCCUCAAGCAGGUCAGACUAGUGAGGGUGUUUUGGCCAACUUCUUCAACAGUCUAUUGACAAAAAAAGCUGGAACUGGUGGCCCAGGCACCGGUGGCAACAACACUCCUGGAACAGUACGCAAAUCUGGUUCAAAACUGGGAAUAAGUGAUGUACAGGCAGAACUGGACCGUAUAUCCAGUCGCGACACUGAAGUAGAUUUGUCCAAUGCCAAUGAAACGCCCGCCAGUGACGGACAAGAUACAUGA